AUGAAUAAACAUUCAGAACUGCCUCUAAGAGCGAAGUAUCAGGAAUUUCGGGUUUCGGCUCAGAUCCCUCCGGAGGUUGUGAAACAGUUAUCCAGGAAUGUGCUGGUGACGGUUCUGGCUGUGAUUUUCACUCAGUUCAUUUUCUGCGUGAUAUUCGCUGUGAUUGUCCUUUUACAUCAUGCGCGCAUGAUAGACUGGUUUCCUGCGCUAACCGAGCUAACAGGAGAAGGAUAUCUGCGAGAAAUCAAGCGUGGAGAAUUGAAUAUUAACAUCGACAAGUUAGAGAAAGAAUACUCACUGAUUCCUGGUCAUAUCAGCUCCAAUAAACGGAACGUCAAGUCAUGUUGGACCAUUGCAGAAAAAGGAAUUGAACUGCAUUUGCCGCAGAAGAGCCAUAAUCUCCCGAAUAUGCUGUCUCGAUCGAAGGUGCGAGUGGAGCAUCAGCCGAAAUCAUCAGAAUAA